AUGGCCACGCCCCAAGCUGCCCCAGCCGGUGCUGGAGGGGCAUCCGGCGGGCCAGGCGACUUCAUCGGUGCGCUGAUCAGCCUCAUCUCCAAGUCGGACAUAAGGUACCAAGGCUUUCUAGCUCAGAUCGACCCCGUCGCAGCUACAAUCGCCCUUGAGAUGGUUCGCUCCUAUGGCACGGAAGGUCGUCUAGCCUCGCAGGGCAAGGCAGGCGAAGAGAUCCCGCCCAAUGCAAACGUGUACGAGUUUGUUACUUUCAAAGCCGCAGAUGUAAAGGACCUCAAGAUUGAUGAUCCCCAUCCUAAGCGGGAGCAACCUGGACAGCAAGGGUUCGUUGAUCCGGCCAUUCUUGGGUCCUCCGGAAGGUACGGCGGUGGCGCCCCGCCUCCUCCUGGCGGCCCUGGGCCUUACGGUCCCCCUCCAGGACAGGGACAAGGACAAGGCUGGGGCCCUCCUGGUCCUCCUCCUCCUCCCCACGCGUACGGCGGGUACGGGCCCGGUCCAUUCGCCGGUCCUCCCCCUCCUCAAUUCGGUGCGCCUGGGCCUACCCCGCCCAGCCAGCACGUCCAGCAGCACCAGCAGCAGCAGCGUCCUCCCCCUCCCCAGCAGCCCACUCCUUCCGCAGCACCCGCAGAGGUCAAGCCCACUCCACCCAGCGGCGCAGGUAGCAGCACGUCUAAUGGCGCCUCGCGCGUAGCAGAAGACUUCUCCAAGCUCAGCGUGGCGGAAAAGGACAAGAAGCAGGAUCAGUCAUUGUCAUCACCCCGCGCGCCCCCUUCUGGUCCGGCGGGGCCUUCAAGUUCGAGCGUCCCACCCAAGCCCACUUCCAAGUCCACUACUAUAGCGAACAACACGAUCCCUACGGGUCCCUCCGGCUCUCGUUCCCCCGCUGCACACGCAAACCUGCCCGCCCGCCCUCAGGCGACCGCCCCCUCUCACGCUACAAGCGCGUCUAGGAGUGGAGGUGGCGGGAGGAACAAGAGCGUCUUUGACCACAGUGGCAGUCGUGUCGAUGUACCUGCAACGGACUAUGACUUCGAGUCGGCCAAUGCUCGCUUCGCCAAGGAGAAGGAAGGUGGGGCCGGAGAGGAUGGGAAUGGAGAAGAGGGAGGUGCUGAGCUUGACGCCAUUCCUCCGCCGAAGGAGAGCCCCACGCAGAGCUUCUAUGACAAGGGGAGCUUCUUUGAUAACAUUAGCAGUGAGGUUAGGGAGAGGCACGAUCGCUCGCACAUCCAGGGACCUAGAGCAGGGGGCGCGGGUGGUGGGGGCGUUAUCACUUCAGGCUUCGAUGCCUCCGCGGGAGAGCGCGGAGAGCGUGGUGGUCCUGGACCUGGGUUCGGUGGCAGGGGGCGUGGUAGGGGAAGACAGGCGCGAUUUGAGGAGGAUCGAAAGAAUCUCGACACAUUUGGCGAGACUGGGCAAUCGACGUAUCGUGGGAGGGGGAGGGGACGGGGGAGGGGACGUGGUGGUGGAGGAAGAGGAGGAGGGAGAGGGGCAUUCCGAGGGGCCCCUCCUCCUACUACGGGAUUUGCGUGAGGCGAAGGGAGACGUGCCACGGCACGACACGACACGACACGCAGUGCCACCUUAGGCAAUGGAGCAACGAGCAAGAGCCGCUGGCUUCUCUUCCUCUGUUUCUGUCUCUCUGUCUCUCUAAGCCGCGUCACAAUCCACCUUCCCAUGUCAUCUCAUCGUCAGUCAUGCUCUCAUCGCAGAGAAGACUUUCUUUGAACUCUACUUGUAUUCCAAAUUCACUUCCUCC